AUGGAAGUGGAACAAAUAGCAACCAGCGAUAGUGAAUUGGAAUGCAUUGAACAUAUAAUAUUUUUAAAUGAGAAAAUAAAAAGUGCAUAUUAUGCAUAUAUAGAAAAGGCCGGCUUAGUAGAUUCUUCAGUUCUAAAUAGCGAAGAUAUAUUUAUGGAUGCACUGAGAUAUAUCUUCACAGGAAAUAUUAAACUGGCAGGGAAUACAACAGAUGAUGAAAAGGCGUAUACUAUUGCAUUAAUACGAUAUGGUAUAUAUGAAAUAUUUAAAGCCCCGCCAAAUAGAUAUAUAAGAAGACAGAAACAGGAUCUAUUGAAUUUUCCAUUAAACAGCAGUGGAAAGAGUCAAUUAAAGAAAAAAGAAGUAGUAAGUUUUUUUCUAUCUUCUUUAACACAUGUCUCACCGGAAGAAACAAAUGGCCCACAUCCAACUGCAUUCACAAAUUUACUAACAAUAAAUGUAGAUAAGUGGAUGGGUGUAUUCAAUGAUGCUGAUAGUGUGGGUAUUAUAUGCAUACCCAGUGCCACCAGAUUUAUUGCAAGCCAUUUAAAAAUACAACAAUUGUGGAUGCCAUUUAUCACAUGCAGAAGACUACAUGCAUUGCAUAACAAAGUAAUAGAAUACUCUAAUAAAAACAAAAAGGCCUGCUUAUUCACUGAAUAUAGUCUAGACGAUUUAUAUACGCUAGGCAUAGAUUCUAAUGAGGGCAACCAAAUUCGUCUUUAUAAAGGACUAGAGUAUAUGGAAAAGAACCAAGAUAUUUUAAGAAAGAAAAUUGAUUCUAUAAGCUUUGCCUUGAUUGACAAGACGCGUACGCCAGAAACAAUACAGUCCUUCAUUAAUGAUCAGAUAGACAUGGAGAACUUUUCCAUACUUAUGAAUAUGUGCCAAUUUAUUGGGCCUAUAUUUUCGCAUAUAUUCCUAAUGUGCUCUGUAAUAUCGUUGGACCCAUAUUUCUUAAUACACUCAGAAAACAUAAAUGCAGUAGAAACAGAGAUUUUAGAAAACAUGGCAAUAGAGUGUCACGAAGAGGAUCCGUGCUGUGUAGGAAAAAAAAUCUUCACCUCAACAACCAAUAUAAUAUGUGUUGCAUUUAUGUUUAAACCGAUUUCCACAAGACUUAAGGCAAAGCUAGAGAGAAUUAGAAAAUAUUUAAUAAAGGAAAUACAAUGGAUUAAGAAUAAAGAGGCGAGAAUAGACAAAAAGCUACUAGAAACAAAGCAAAAUAUAUUUGAACUUACUGGGCAUGGAUCUAGCCCAGGGACUCAUGAAGAAAGGCGCAUGAUAAUAAUGAAUUUACUUCAAGAGUAUAAUUCGCCCACUCUUCCAGUAGAGGUAAAAGAUAAAAUCAAUGUAGCCAUUAGACUAACAAAUAACAAGCAAAGGUUAAAAGUAUCCAUAGUUAAAAGAACCAAAAAAUUAGAUAGUAUUUCCCAUAUAGUGAGCGCACUUGAUACCGUAAGUGGAAUAAGUGAAGUGCAAAGGCAGUGCUUAUUAAGAUACAUACAAGAAUACGCGAAUACACUCAAAAUUACUCUUCCAGGCAUAAGUACCUCCUUCAGUGAUUCUGUUACUACUGACACUCUUUCUAGAAAUGCACCGAGUAUAAAUGGAAACUAUCGGCCGCCCAGUAGCGGAAGAACAGUUAAAAUUAUAGAAUAUUGCCAGAAAUUAGAUGAUAAACCCCCAUUUAAUUUAUUUACUUCUAUACAGUAUUAUGCUGGGGUUAUAUACAAAAUUACUUCUUCAAGGUAUAUGAUGCUGCUUCUAUCAAUAUAUACUGUAUUUAUGCUAUGGUUUAUAUUUUUUAUAUACAUAUCGCAACAAUUAACAUUAUUUUAA